ACCAAUAUAAAAUUUGGAAUUACACGUACACCCUUUUUAUUAUAUUAGUACGUUGAAUCAAUAAUGAUGCCAACAUCUCAAAAGUAAUAAUUCAUCACCAAACCCUUUUCUUUUUUCUAGAGCUCGAUCUAUCCUUUGUUCAUCUGGACCUCCAAUCAGAUCCAGAGAAGUUAACACAAUGGCGGAAAAUCUUGUUUCUAGUUGGUCAGACGGUAAAACGUUGCCGGAAAGUUACGUAUUUCCACCGGAAACAAGGCCCGGAAACCAUGUUGUUCCGACAUCUAAGACUGUUCCGGUCAUCGAUCUCGGCGAAGCUAAAGGGCUAAACCGUAAAGAAACUAUUCAAAAGAUCAUACAGGCUAGCCAAGAGCUCGGAUUCUUUCAGGUGAUUAAUCAUGGGGUGCCAAAAACAGUGGUUGAUGAUGCGAGAGAUACAUUUAAAGAAUUCUUUGAGCUUCCUUUGGAGGAAAAAUCGAAAUUAUACUCAUUGGAUCUUAGUAAAAAAGCCAUAGUUUAUACAAGCAAUGUUGAUUUUGAUAAAGAAGAAAUUCACAAUUGGCGCGAUUCUUUAAGACUCUUGUGUACUCCUUUAGAAGAAUGCAUCCAAUCUUGGCCGGAAAAACCUACUAGAUGCAGGAAGGUCGUGGGAGAGUAUGUACGCGAAGUAGGGAAGCUAGGGUCGGGAAUACUGGAGCUCAUAUGCGAAGGACUAGGGCUCGAACCGGGAUACUUUGCAAACAAAUUGAGUGAGCAACAAGUAAUGGCGGUUCACCAUUACCCACCAUGCCCUGAUCCAAGUUUAACAAUGGGGACUAGAAAACACAGUGAUCCUGGCCUUAUUACUUUACUUCUACAAGGUAAUGUUCCGGGCCUUCAAGUGUUGAAGGAUGGCAAGUGGAUUGGUGUUGAAGCUAUUCCUCAUGCCUUUGUUAUAAAUAUUGGAACCCAAUUACAGAUUAUUAGCAACGGAAAGUUGCGUAGCGUUGAGCAUCGAGUAGUAACAAGUAAAAACGAAGCUCGAUUUUCAGCAGCAUUAUUCAUCGAGCCAACACGAGACAGCAUUGUAGAACCAGCUAAAGCUCUUGUUAAUGCAAACAAUCCACAACUUUAUAAGGGUGUACGGUUUGAACACUUCAUUCAAAUGUUUAGAUCAACUUAUGUUGGAAAAAUGGAGGAUGUUAUGUAAUCUAGCUUUGUAUGUUAAUUAAGCACUUGAAAUCCAUGAAUAUUAAUUAUCAUGUUAAUUGUUUCA